AUGAACGAGCCACCACGCCCAUUCAUGCCUCUCGGCGGCGGUAUGCCGCAGCACAGCGCCGCCGGAUUCUCAGGUUCGAGUCAGCAGAUUAGAGGUCCUACAGGAGCAGUUUCUCGCUGGGAGGUCGCUCCUACCUCGGCGGCGGCCUCGCUCGCCAAAUCGGCGACUAACGCGACGUACAUGUCCUCGCUCGGCACCCAGGUGGCACCCAUGCAGGGGCUAGGGUUCGACUACACCGCCGUUCAGGCUCACCAGCCCCGCUACCCCCCACCGCUCAAACCGCACAACCAAGACUUCUAUACCACUCCCAGGUACCCCGACCCGCCGCCAUACAUGACUCCCAACCCAGGCAUGACAGCAAACUACCCGUUUGGGGGGGACAUGGUGGACCAGUGGGGCAUGCCUCUACCGGCAACUCCGCGCUCCCCCACAAAAAAGAGCAAGAACCAGAAGAAGGCAGACGGCAAGCAGGCCACUUUCCUCACCAAGCUCUACCAGUUGCUGUACGUCCAAGCGAGACCCGAGGACCCGCACAAUCAUAGAAUUAUUCGCUGGGAUGAGACGGGCACGCUCAUAAUCAUCGAGAGGCCAGACGAACUGGCAGAGAAGAUCUUACCUCAAGUUUACCGCCAGACGAGGUUUGCGAGCUUUUCAAGGCAGCUGAAUAUCUACGGAUGGAUGCGCAAAGUCAGCCUUCGCCAUGUGGACAACGGCAUCGCUGACCCCGAUGCCAGCACAUGGUCACACCAAACGCUCAGAAGGGACUCGAGCAAGGAUGAAAUCCAGGGGUACAAGCGCCGCGUGCCACCCCGCCCCUCUCAGGCUCAGAAGAACGCUGCCAGGCUCGCUGAAACCAUGUCUCUCAGCUCCGACUCGUCCGACUUCCACUCGCCUCCCGGCUAUACUGCCCACGCUCUAGGCGAUCUAAACGAACCGAAGAGUAUCGACUUUGCGGCGGGUUCAGUCGCCACCAUGCUUCCUAGUGACGGUGCUGCCCUCCAUGCCUUCAACCUCGAAUCGGUGGGUCCAAGCGCCGGUCCAAGAAUCGGCCCCUCGGAGCAGCCACAGGUUCGGCGUCUGUCGAUGCCGGCAUCGACGCGUCCUUCACUAAGCUUUCAACACCGACCCAUGCAUCUAAAGCAGCACUCGAUGCCGGGCGUGUCCCUGCACGGCGGCAUCCCCUCGUUCUCGCAGGCGUAUCCCAUGUCCAUGCCGCCCAACACACUCCAGAUUGUCGACACGUCUAGCCGUCCGAUCGCCAACCCCCAGCAAGCCAACAUGCUCUCGCCUUCUGCAGGCAUGAACGCUCUCUGGAUCGCCGACGACUCAAAGGACUCGGACCUGCUCCUACGAGGUACGAAUGACGCGCCGUCCUACAAGGUCGAGGACGCGUCGACCUGGGCCCGCCGCGGCAUCGGUACGCUCGGCGACGGCUUGCGUCCCACGGAGCCGGCUCCCAUCAACGCGUCCUUUGGCAACCCGAUGCAGUGGCUUGACAGCACCAUUCCAGUCUUCCAGCCCGGCCUCCCCGGUUCCGGAAUGCCGCCGCAGGCCCUCAUCGCCGCCGCGUCCAAGACUGUUCCUCCCGCGAUUCCGCCUGCCAUUCCCCCAGUCCAGCCGGCGGAUGGAUCAGGCCCCACUGCCGGACCCACAACUCCGGCGACGCAGGGAGCGCUCUCCUCGGUCCAGACAGUGUCUCCAGGCGUGUACCAGGCUGGUUUCUCUCUCCACACAGCCUGGAUGUCUCCGCGGGCGACCCCGUCUCCUCCAACCACGACACUCUCGCGACCCAUGCCCCCAACCGCGACCGCGACAAAGUUGGAGCGGCGCCAGAGCCUAACUCACCCGUACUCGCCGUCAAACGGUCCGCGCAACAUCCCACCCGGCACCUUCCGCCAGGUCGGCAUGGGACGUAACCGCGACAGCCUUACCAUGACCAUUAACACGGCUGCGGCGGGCGCGGCCGACGACGACGGCGCGCUUCCGAGCGCCAGCCUCACGCAGCCGACGCUGUUUGGCGGUGAGAUCGAGACCAAGGCCAACCUCGAGUAG